AUGGACAAGAUCUACGAAGUGACUAGAGAUGAUUUCGCCAGAAUCAAAGGCCUUGCUGCCGCGUUCAAGGUCACUGAUUUCGCAUGUUACGACUUUGCAUACACCCUCUCCACACCAUGGUUACAUGAGACAGCGGAGAAGUGGUACGCGGAUGGCCGUGGUGAUGGCGACGUGACGAUGCUCGAGAAGGCGGCAAUACUGGAAGAUCUUGCCAUCUACUGA